AUGAUUUCGCAUAUUGCAUUCGCUUCGAUUUUUGCCGUCACGUGUUCGGCGACGAUAUUCUCGCCCAAUGAUGUGACUUUGGGCGAACCGAUUCGAACAUCGACGGUGGCGAUUCGCGCCAAACGCCAGUGUGGCGGAAUGGGCGGAUGUUGCGCGGGCGCUUGCUCGUGCGGCGCAAUGGGCAUUUGCGGGCAGACGUGUUGUCCGGCGCCGCCGCCGCCGUGCUCGUGCGGCACACCCGGCUGCAUGCAGUGCAUCACCCAGACGGUUUUGGUUCCGGUCCAGCAGACGACGUGCUGCAAGUGUUGCCAGCCGGUCUGCACCAACGCAUGCAUCAAUGGAGGUGGAUGCAGUUGCGGAUGUACACGAGGCGGAUGCUCGAGAAAGAGAAGAUCACUUCUUGCGAUCGCCGGCGAGGAAAUGAGCAAGAAAGGGGAGCACAUGAUCUAA